AUGGCAAUCUACGCCGAUGCUGCUCCGUCGGUGGCGGGCAGCACCAUCAUGUUAACGAUAUUGGCUCUUUUGACCUAUGGCUUGAGGGUAUACUGCAGAUUGACACGCAAAUCAUGGGGAAUGGAGGACUGGAUUAUGACAGCAGCCCUGGUACCAUUCGCUGUGCUCGUGGCAGGGUGUGUUGGAGGAGCGUUCAAUGGCAUCGGCAUUCUCAAUUCGACCUUUGCAGAGGCUGGGAAUGAAAAAUACGAGGCAGAGGGGAAGAAAUUUUUCCUAAUCUUCGAGGUCGGCUAUUGUGCCGCCAUCAUUCCGAUCAAGCUCAGCAUCAGUUGGAUGUUGAUUCGAGUAGCAAGUGGGCGCAAGGAGUAUCUCUACGUACAAUAUGUCGUGAUUGCUACAUUCGUGAUCAUGAACAUCAUCGCUUUGAUCUUCAUUCUGACGAACUGCAUCCCUGUGGAAGCUGCGUGGGAUGCUGAAGCCCUCAAGCACGGGAAUUGCAAACCUAGCUAUGUCCUUGCUGAUGUGUACUACGCGUGCACCGCUGUCAACAUCCUGACCGACUGGGUAACCGCUUUCCUGCCGAUACCUCUACUUUGGAACGUGCAGAUCAACCGCAACACCAAAAUAUCGAUCAUUGGCUUGAUGGGCCUCGGUGUCUUUGCGUCGCUAUCCGCAUGCGUCCGACUCAAAUAUACAGUCGCCCUGACCAGCGAAAACAACUACCUCUAUAGCGUAUCGAACGUUGUCAUCUGGGGAUUCGCCGAGAACGCCAUCGGCAUGUUAGUCGGAAAUAUCGCGACCCUUCGUCCCCUGUUCCGCAUCCUCCGCGACGGCAAGACAUCAGACUAUAAGAAUUCACCUGGAUACAUCAGUUCUCAUCGCACCGGAGGGGCGAUGUAUUCACGAAACUACGAACUGGGCGACCAAAGCAAGAACCCCAACCACACUGCCAUCACCUCGGUCAUAGAUCGAGAGCGACACGGUAGCCUGAGUGAUGGAGAUAGUCAGAAAGAUAUUCUCGAUAACGGCCAACGGCCCGGUGAGGCCGAUAUUGUCGUCAAUCGACAGGUCAUUGUGGCGUACGACUAG